UUGCCCAUGAUACAUUAGAGAAUGCGAUUGUAAUCUCUUCGUAAUCUGAAGACAGACGCUAAAUCCCUCUAUUUAAAUUGCUUUAAAACUAUUAAUAGCCUCGCUCUCAGAUGAGAGCAUCAUAGCCGACAAAACAUCGUAAUAUUCCUCGAUUAGAACGAGGUGACUCCCAAGGCGGACGGUAUUCGGUCCGUCCACCUAUGGUCUGGCAGGUUUUUGACCAAGGCUACGGAUAAAAUGUGGGAUGAAGUUGCUCGGUCUGCGCCGGUUAAGUAUGGCGCUGUCACAGCGGUCACAGUGAUCUGCGUUGUUCUGUUGAGAAAAUGGAUUGCUGGUGGUGUGUGUCAAUCUUCAGUCCAAUUACGUGGCAAGACGGUGUUGGUCACCGGUGCCAACACCGGCAUUGGCAAGGAAACGUGCCAUGACAUGGCACGUAGAGGGGCGAGGGUGGUGAUGGCAUGCCGGGACCUGACACGGGCUGCGAGGGCGGCGGAUGAGAUUCGUCAGGCCACAGGGAACAGCAACAUCGUAGUGCGGCACCUGGACCUGGCCUCUAUGUACUCUGUCAGAGAGUUGGCUAAAGAGUUCAUUGCCAGUGAGGAUCGCCUAGAUAUACUCAUCAACAACGCUGGUGUGAUGAUGUGCCCUAAGUGGCUAACAGAGGACGGCUUCGAGACACAACUGGCUGUCAAUCACCUCGGACACUUUCUACUGACCAAUCUCCUUCUGGGGAAGCUCAAGAGCUCCGCCCCUAGCCGUGUGGUCAAUGUCUCUAGCAUUGCACACAAAGGGGGUAAGAUCCAGUUUGAUGAUCUUUUCUUUGCCAAGAGGCCGUACAACUCCCUGGUCAGUUACAGGCAGAGCAAGCUGGCCAACGUGCUAUUCUCCAGAGAGCUGGCCAGAAGGUUGAAAGGUACGGGGGUGACGUCCUACAGCCUGCAUCCCGGGGUGAUCAGGACAGAGCUGACUCGUCACGUGGAGACCUGGUUCCCCAUGCUGAGGGCCAUCCUGUCAGCCCCCUCCGUGCUCCUCAUGAAGACCCCCACCCAGGGUGCCCAGACCUCCAUCUACUGUGCUGUCACCCCAGGACUGGAGCACAAGUCUGGCAGCUACUUCAGUGACUGUGCCAUGACGGAGACCGCCCCAGGGGGGAGGGAUGAUGCGGUGGCCAAGAGGCUUUGGAAGGAGAGUGCCCGUCUGGUGGGUUACAUAGAAAAAGACUGAACAACCCCCUCCACCUUCAAACUAUAGGGAAAGACUGUACAACCCCCUCCACCUUCAAACCAUAGGAAAGACUGUACAACCCCUCCACCUUCAAACUAUAGAGAAAGACUGUGCAACCCCCUCCACCUUCAAACCAUAGAGAAAGACUGAACAACCCCCUCCAUCUUCAAACCAUAGAGAAAGACUGAACAACCCCCUCCAUCUUCAAACCAUAGAGAAAGACUGAACAACCCCCUCCAUCUUCAAACCAUAGAGAAAGACUGAACAACCCCCUCCAUCUUCAAACCAUAGAGAAAGACUGAACAACCCCCUCCAUCUUCAAACCAUAGAGAAAGACUGAACAACCCCCUCCAUCUUCAAAACAUAGAGAAAGACUGAACAACCCCCUCCACUUUCAAACCAUAGAGAAAGACUGAACAACCCCCUCCAUCUUCAAACCAUAGAGAAAGACUGAACAACCCCCUCCAACUUCAAACCAUAGAGAAAGACUGAACAAC